AUGUUGGGUAACGGAGCGCCACAACCGCCGCAGCCGCAGCAUAUGCGAAAUGGCAGCAGCUCCAACACUCAAUAUCCUCGUCAUAUGAGCACCGGUAGCUUAAAUAUUCCAAAUGGUCAAUCGGGUCCUAUCAAUGGUGGUUCUGCUAGAGCAGAUGGUGUUGCAAGAAGUCCUCCUACUAGACAAAAUACCGGUCAUGUUCCGUGUAAAUUCUUUAGACAAGGUACUUGUCAAGCUGGUCAAGCUUGUCCUUUCAGUCACGAUCUAGCUAGCACAACUGAUAAUGUCUGCAAAUACUUCUCAAAGGGUAACUGCAAGUUCGGACCUAAAUGCGCAAAUAUACACGUUCUCCCCGAUGGAAGACGAAUCAAUUAUAGUAAAAAUAUGCCACCGAUGGCUCCGGGACUAAACAUUGGAGGACGAAUAAACCCAGAUCCAUAUCAUGGACAAGGCUCGGCUUUAACCACUUCCUUUGCUCGAGCUCAAGGUGUACCGCCUUCACCAUAUGGUCAACCUUACUCACCUUUUGCCAUACAAGAGGAUGGAUUUGUUCCCAUGAUUGGCAGGCAGCAAGGUAUUGAUAUCGGUAUCCCUACGAUCGAAGCGAGUUAUGCCUCGCAUCCCGGAUCAAAUUAUGGAUCGCCUAGAGAUGAUAUAAUGGAUCGAUUUGGUGGGGGACUUUCGCCAGUUGCAGCAAAAGGUUUGAGUGUGUUGGAUGCUCCUUUGCCAGCUUCCUUCGAUAGUAAUGGUGUUUCGUGGAUUGCAAGACAUGGAAAGAUUGCAUCCUCAGUUCCUACGACCUUUGGUAUCGAUUCUCCUCCAGCAUCAUCAGUCGGUGGGGGAAAGCCAUCGGAUGCCUUGAGAAACCUACAUAGCUCUGCAUUCGGAGAUGAUACCAGAGAUCGAUUCCAUGGCAUUGCAUCAUCUCCACCAUCCGAAGAAUACUUUGGCAAGCGCACUAUGCAUUCUCAACGAUCGAACAAACCAAAGAUGAUAUCAGCCAGUCUUCCUAAGGGACGCGAGGAGCAAGAUUGGGGUGAGGCUUUUAACUUUGAAGAAGAUUUACUGCCAGAAUCUCUCAACGAUCUUAUGACACCCGCAGAGAAAGCUAGAAGAAAUUCUCGGGCUGCGUAUGACGAAUCCAAGCCAUCUCGAGGAUUCUACGACGAGAUCAGAUCUACAUCUUACACCCCAAGCAAUGACACCCCGACAAAAUUCGGCUCUCCAUCAAACGGAAGUCCUUCAAGGUGGAAUGCUUACUUUCAAUCAAAACCCAAGGAAGAAGAAAUUUCUCGAGCGUCUGUGUUUGGACAUGUUGGCUCUCCUCUUCGCAACUCCCUUCUUCAUGAAGGAGCCAGUCCUGGCUCUAGAGCAAUUGCUCGACCUAAUACAUCUGGUGAUGCAUCUUCAUUCAUUGCGUCUCCUCCUCGUCAUACCCCUCUGUCUAUGAUUUCUCAGCAACUCCAACGAACUCGUCUUUCCGGAACUGAACCUAUUGGUAGCGGAUCCAGCCUUCUUUCAUCGUCAUCAGCGCGCACUACAACUACUCCUACAAGUUCAAGUCGAUCACCUUUUGCAGCUGAUAGACAAACUAGCUCAAGUAGUAUUGGUGGCAGUGGCAGAUUCACAACACCUAUUGAUGAGGAACAGGGUGAUUUUGUCUUCAACAUGGAAGGUAUGGAUGAUGAUGAAAGAAGUCAAAAGAAAAGCAGUCCUUGGAACAUCGCAGGAAGUGACAAGAGCCCAAAUCUAGCUGCUAUUGGUGGGGGUCGAACCAUUCCAACAAAAAAACCCAACGGCGGUGGUAUCGAUGGAAUGUUUGGUGAACAAUGA